ACUCCAAUUUUAGCACUCUGCUCAAUAGUAUGAAGAUGGGGUUCCUACACUUCUUCUUCUUCAUCAUCUACAUGAUCAGUUUCAAGGUUCCUAUCUUAAGAUGCCAGGAUAUGGCAUGCCAUUCAAAUGACCUCAGGGCCUUGACUAACUUCGGCAAUUGCUUAACAUCAGGGAUUGAUGGCUGGAACUUCUCCACAUCUACUUGUUGCACGUGGGCUGGUGUCACUUGUGACAAUUCCACCACUUCAAGUAAUAGGGUAAUUGGGUUGGAACUUGGAAAGAAAAAGAUCUCUGGAGUACUAUGCGAGUCUUUAGAAGAUCUGGAUCAGCUGAGAAUCCUUAAUCUUUCUCAGAAUUUCCUUCAUGGAAUCGUUCCACCCAAAUUGUUUCAGUUGCAGAAUCUGGAAGCCCUGGAUUUAAACAGUAAUGAUUUUGUUGGUUCACUACCAGGAGGUAUUUAUUUACCCUCAAUCAAGUAUUUUGACAUUUCAUUCAACAGUUUUAAUGGUUCUGUCGAUCCAACAUUUUGCAAAACCUCACCCCAUCUUCAAGUUCUUGAUCUUGCCGGCAACCACUUCAGUGGUGAAGUUUCAACAAGUUUUGGAAGAUGUUCUUCUUUGCAGCAUCUCUUUCUUAAUGGUAAUAUGCUCUCAGGAAGUUUCCCAUACGGUCUCUUGCAGCUGCAAUAUCUCCAGGUAUUGCACCUUCAAGAUAAUCACUUUUCUGGGGCAUUGAAUGAUGGAAUAGCUAACCUUUCUAACCUUGUAGAAUUGGAUAUCUCCAACAACGUGUUUUCUGGAAAUCUUCCUGAUGUUUUUGAGAGGCUUAGAAAGCUUAAGUUCUUCUCUUCCAACUCAAAUAAAUUCAACGGCCAUUUGCCUAAUUCACUGGUGAAUUCUCCAACACUUGAAAUUCUUAAUUUGCGCAACAACACCAUGGAUGGACCAAUCAAUAUAAAUUGUUCUGCAAUGAUUCAUCUGGCUUUCUUGGAUGUUGGUACUAACAAUUUCCAAGGCCCGAUCCCUGAAAGUAUAUCCUCUUGUCAAAACUUGAGUGUUUUGAAUCUUAGCAGAAACAAACUCGGUGGGGAGGUUCCUUACAAGUUCAAGAAUCUGCAGGCCCUGACAUACCUCUCACUCUCAAAUACCAGCCUUGCAAACAUAUCAGCAGCUCUUGGAAUUCUACAACAAUGCAAAAAUUUGACUACUCUGGUCCUCACUCGCAAUUUUCAGGAUGAACAAAUGCCCAGUGAUGUGAAUUUGCAAUUUAAAAAUCUCAAGGUACUCAUUAUUGCCAAUUGUCAACUCAGAGGUUCAAUUCCACUAUGGUUGAGGGGUUGCAAAAUGCUGCAGUUAUUAGAUCUAUCUUGGAAUCACUUGAGUGGAUCUAUUCCACUCUGGAUAGGCAAUUUCAGUAGUCUCUUUUACUUGGAUUUCUCCGAUAACUCAUUUACUGGUGAAAUACCAAUAAGCUUGACAGGACUACAAAUCCUAACAGACAGGAGAAUCUUAAUUGAUGGAAAUGCCCCAGGCAUUCCUUUAUAUAAGAAAACUGGGAAAUCUAGUACAAGUUUGCAGUAUAACAAAAUUGGGAGCCUUCCACCAACUUUGGAUCUAAGUCACAACAAGCUGAAUGGACCAAUUUGGCCAAGUUUUGGGAACUUGAAAGGACUUCAUUUUUUAAACCUCAGCACGAACGAGCUUUCCGGGCCAAUUCCAGAUGAUUUAUCUAGAAUGUCAAGUUUAGAAAUUUUGGAUUUGUCUCAUAACAAAUUAUCCGGAGAAAUACCCAGUUCAUUGGUAAAGCUCAGCUUUCUAUCCAAGUUCAGUAUAGCAGACAAUCAACUUUAUGGGGAAAUCCCAACAGGAGGCCAAUUCUUGACCUUUCCAUGUUCAAGCUUUGAGGGGAACAAUGAUCUAUAUGGUGGUGGGGUUUUUACUUCAUGUCAACUUGCCCAACGUCCUCCUCCUGCACCACUUCCUCCCGCUACUCGGCCUCCCACUGAGAAAAUGACUAUUAUGGGCUUGCAGUUUGGGAUAGGAGCUGCAACUGGCUUUGCCAUAACUGUUAUCUUUUGCUUCAUGUCUGGCUGGGUGAUCCCAAAGCCAAAGGCAAGACAAAGGUAAAAGGUUUGAUUCUGCAUAUCUAAGUUGCAGUCUGAAGUGACAAAGAAUGCUCUCCUUGGUUGCAGCGGUCUGAUGUCUCUCAAUCCUUGGAUCCCUCUGUGAUUAUGUAGAAUAGAAUGAAACAUGUAUUAUUUGAAACUUGUAUUAUUGAAAAUUUUGCACUACUAUAAUGAGAACGUCAUAUAAACUAUAUAAUAGAAUGAGAAAUCCACAAGAAUGGCGAAA